UCCCGUGACGUGUUCCCCAGGGCUCCCCGCCCCGGGCUAGGCUGCGAAGUUGCGGAUCCGGUUUGGUCGGGCGGGUCGGCUGCUGGGAAGAAAUACACGGAGCCCCAGGGGCUGCGGCGGCGGCAUGGUGGGGCUGGAGAAGGAGCAGAGCUGGAUCCCUAAGAUCUUCAGGAAGAAAGUGUGCACGACGUUCAUAGUGGACCUCUGCGAUGAUUCGGGAGGGACCUUAUGCCAGUGUGGGAGGCCUCGGGACGUCCACCCAUCCGUGGCCGUGGAGGAUGCCUUUGGGGCAGCCGUGGUUUCGGAGUGGCACAGUGAUGAGCACACUACCGAGAAGCCCACAGAUGCCUACGGCGACCUGGACUUCAUAUAUUCCGGCAGGAGACCCAGCAACUUCCUCCGGCUGUCUGACCGCACAGAUCCCGCCACUGUGUACAGUCUCGUCACCCGCUCUUGGGGCUUUCGUGCCCCAAACUUGGUGGUGUCAGUUCUGGGGGGAUCGGGGGGCCCCGUGCUCCAGACCUGGCUGCAGGACCUUCUGCGUCGUGGGCUGGUGCGAGCUGCCCAGAGCACAGGGGCCUGGAUUGUGACAGGGGGACUGCACACAGGCAUAGGCCGCCACGUGGGUGUGGCCGUGAGGGACCACCAGACGGCAAGCACCGGGGGCAGCAAGGUGGUUGCCAUGGGUGUAGCCCCCUGGGGUGUGGUCCGGAACAGAGAUAUGCUGAUCAACCCUAAGGGCUCAUUCCCUGCGAGGUACAGAUGGCGUGGUGAUCCUGAGGAUGGAGUUGAGUUCCCCCUGGACUACAACUAUUCUGCCUUCUUCUUGGUGGACGACGGCACUCAUGGCCGCCUGGGCGGUGAGAACCGUUUCCGCCUUCGGUUUGAGUCCUAUGUGGCUCAGCAGAAGACUGGAGUGGGAGGGACCGGAAUUGACAUCCCUGUACUACUUCUUCUCAUCGAUGGUGAUGAGAAGAUGCUGAAGCGGAUAGAGGAUGCCACUCAGGUUGGGCUCCCCUGCCUCUUGGUGGCCGGCUCUGGGGGUGCUGCAGACUGCCUGGUGGAGACCCUGGAAGAUACUCUGGCCCCAGGGAGUGGGGGACUGAGACGAGGUGAAGCCCGAGAUCGGAUUAAGCGAUACUUCCCUAAGGGAGACCCCGAGGUCCUACAGGCCCAGGUAGAGAGGAUCAUGACCCGGAAGGAGCUGCUGACGAUCUAUUCUUCGGAAGACGGCUCUGAGGAGUUUGAGACUAUCGUUUUGAGGGCGCUUGUGAACGCCUGUGGGAGCUCUGAGGCCUCAGCGUACCUGGAUGAGCUGCGUUUGGCUGUGGCUUGGAACCGUGUGGACAUUGCUCAAAGUGAACUUUUCCGCGGGGACAUCCAGUGGCGGUCUUUCCACCUGGAGGCCUCUCUCAUGGAUGCCCUGCUGAAUGACCGGCCUGAGUUCGUGCGCUUGCUCAUUUCCCAUGGCCUUAGCCUGGGACACUUCCUGACCCCCCCGCGCCUGGCCCAGCUCUACAGUGCGGUGUCCCCUAACUCACUCAUCCGGGGUCUUCUGGACCAGGCGUCACAUAGUGGCAGCGGCAGAGCCCCACCUAUAAAAGACGGGGCCGCGGAGCCCCGGCCUCCUAAUGUGGGGCAAGUUCUGAGGACACUGUUGGGAGAAACAUGCGCACCGCGGUACCCGGCCAGGAACACCCGAGACUCCCAGCUGGGCCAGGACUGCAGAGAGAAUGAUCAACUGCUUUUGGACUGGGCCUCCAGGCAACCAUCAGCGGAUGCCAGCUUUGAACAAGCGCCCUGGAGUGACCUGCUUAUUUGGGCUUUGUUGUUGAACCGAGCCCAGAUGGCCAUUUAUUUCUGGGAGAAGGGCUCCAACUCGGUGGCCUCGGCCCUUGGGGCGUGUCUCCUUCUCCGGGUGAUGGCUCGUCUGGAGUGGGAGGCCGAGGAGGCGGCCCGGCGGAAAGACCUGGCAGCCAAGUUUGAGAGCAUGAGUGUGGACCUCUUUGGAGAGUGCUACCACAACAGUGAGGAGCGAGCCGCACGCCUGCUUCUCCGCCGCUGUCCCCUGUGGGGAGAGGCCACCUGCCUUCAGCUUGCCAUGCAGGCCGAUGCCCGUUCCUUCUUUGCCCAGGAUGGGGUGCAGUCUCUGCUGACGCAGAAGUGGUGGGGAGAGAUGGACAGCACCACACCCAUCUGGGCCCUGCUUCUCGGCUUCUUCUGCCCGCCCCUCAUCUACACCAGCCUCAUCACCUUCAGGAAGUCAGAGGAGGAGUCCACACAGAAGAACCCUGACUUGGACAUGGACAGCAGCAUCAAUGGAGCUGGUCCUGUCGGGCCUUCGGAGCCCUCAGCGAAGGUGGCCCUGGAGAGGCGACGGCGGCCGGGACGGGCCCGCUGCUGUGGCGGCUGCUCCAAGCGCUGGUCGCACUUCUGGGGCGCCCCAGUGACUGCCUUCCUGGGCAACGUGGUCAGUUACCUGCUAUUCCUGCUGCUGUUUGCGCGCGUGUUGCUGGUGGACUUCCAGCCCGCAGUCCAGCCCGCAGCGCCGGGUGGCUUCGAACUGCUGCUGUACUUCUGGGCUUUCACGCUGCUGUGCGAGGAACUGCGUCAGGGUCUGGGCGGCGGCUGGGGUAGCCUGGCCAGUGGGGCUGGGCCCGGCAAAGCUCCCCUGCGCCACCGCCUGCACCUCUACCUCUCAGACUCCUGGAACCAGUGUGACCUGGUGGCGCUCACCUGCUUCCUGCUAGGCGUUGGUUGCAGGCUGACCCCCGGGCUGUAUGACUUGGGACGCACGGUCCUCUGCCUUGACUUCAUGGUCUUCACGCUGCGGCUGCUGCACAUCUUCACAGUGAACAAGCAGCUGGGCCCCAAGAUUGUCAUCGUGAGCAAGAUGAUGAAGGACGUCUUCUUCUUCCUCUUCUUCCUCUGCGUAUGGCUUGUGGCUUAUGGGGUGGCCACAGAGGGGAUCCUGAGGCAGGACCGGAAGCUAUCGAGUAUCCUGCGUCGCGUCUUCUACCGUCCCUAUCUGCAGAUCUUUGGGCAAAUUCCCCAGGAGGAGAUGGACGUGGUCCUCAUGGUUCCAAGUAACUGCUCUGAGGAGCAGGGCUCCUGGGCUUACCCGAAGGAGCACGACUCAGGCUUCUGUGUGUCCCAGUAUGCCAACUGGCUGGUGGUGUUGCUCCUCGUCGUCUUCCUGCUGGUGGCCAACAUCCUGCUGCUCAAUCUGCUCAUCGCCAUGUUCAGCUACACCUUCAGCAAAGUGCAAGACAACAGCGACCUCUACUGGAAAGCCCAACGCUACAGCCUCAUCCGGGAAUUCCACUCUCGGCCCGCGCUGGCCCCGCCCCUCAUCAUCAUCUCCCACGCGCGCCUCCUCAUCAGGUGGCUGCGCAAGUGUCACAGGGCUAACGUGCCCGCCUCCCCAGCCUUCGAGCACUUCCGUGUCUAUCUCACCAAGGAAGCAGAACGGAAGCUGCUGACCUGGGAGUCUGUACACAAAGAGAACUUCUUACUGGCACAGGCUCGCGACAAGCGGACAGUGACUCGGAGCGCCUUGAAACGCACAUCCCAGAAGGUGGACACCGCCCUGAAGCAGCUGGGGCAGAUGAGAGAGUACGAGCGGCGUCUGAGGGGGCUGGAGAGAGAGGUCCAACAGUGUACCCGCGUCCUGAGUUGUGCUGAGGCCCUUAGCAGCUCUGCCUUGCUGCCUCCAGGGCCGCCCCCUCCAAGCCCACCUGGGUCCAAAGGUCUGUGUGGUCUUGGGCUUCUGCAAGGCUUCCCUCUGUGCAUCCGUUGUCCCUGGGUCCUUUGCUUGGUCUUCUGAAGGCUCUGUUGACUGCUUGUGUGUGGAUGUGUGUAGCUGGUAUGAGUGCAUGCAUGUGGAGGCCUGGGUUGGAUGUCUGACGUCUUCCUCUCUUUCUCCACCUUAUUCUUUGAGAGAAGAUCUCUCCCUGGGCCCAGGUUCUCCCGUGGCCUAGG